AUGGAUGCUCCAGUGCAGGAUACGGUCGUUGAAGCGAUCAAGACUGAGGAACCCACCAUGUCUGAUACUUUGUCGUCAUACUUACCUAGAGUGGAUCAAUUCUAUAUCCCUGAAUGGUUGACGAUGCAAUUUAUUGCGAACAAUUUAAUAUCGUUUACGCCAUUAUUCUCGUAUGGUUCUACUGUGAUCAGUAUUGAACGAUGCAAGACAGCUCUUGGAUUUUCGAUAGAUAUAUGUGCUACCAUGAUGAUUGCGAGUAUUCUUAGAAUAUCAUACUAUUUGAUUACGCCGUACGAAAUCACAUUGUUGCGUCAAUCGAUAGUGAUGGUGUUAAUUCAAUUAGUAUUAUUACGUACUAGUUUGAAAUACAGACCUGAAGAAUAUAAAUACCAUAAUUUGAAAGACGUUGAAUCAAUGAGUACGCUAUUACACGAGAUAUGGUUAGAAUUUUUCGAUUCUGGUAAUAUGUUGCAAUAUAAUAAUAAACCACAACAAUUAAUUAAUAAUUUAAAGACAUUAUCAUUUAAAAAAUUAUCCUUAUUUGGUUACAAAGUUGUCUUAGCAUGCGUCUAUAAGUUUUUAAAAUUUUUUGAUCCUGGGUAUAAACGUGUCUUUGCAUUUUGGCAAUGGGCAGAUAAAAGUACAUAUUGGAAAUUUCUUGCAAUUUUUGCUACUUUACAAAUCUUAUUAACCGUAUUAAUUUCAAAAGUAUUAGAUUGGGAAGAAUUUGCACAAUUGUUAGGAUCUAUUAUUGGUUCGUUAGGGUUAUUAGUGGAGUCCUUAUUACCAUUACCACAAAUUGCAAUCUUAUAUACAUUAAAAUCUAUUCAAGGGUUUAAAUUAAUUUUGCUAGUUAGUUGGCUGUGUGGUGAUACGUUAAAGAUUACAUAUUUAGUGUUUGGUGCCAAGAAUAUUUCGAUUCUAUUUUUCUUAUUUGCAUUCUUUCAAAUGUCAUUAGAUUUCUACAUUGCGGGCCAAUACAUUUACUACAAAUAUUAUUAUCCAAAACUUCGUAACGAAGCUGGGUUCCAAGAUGAAGAGAUCGAACUGACAGAUUUCGUCAAGGAUCAAAUCCUCGAGCCUGUCAAUGAAAUGGAUGAAGAUGACUAUUCGGGAGACAAUCUGGAUAUCCAGCCAGGUCAUUCGCAUGCUCGUCAGCCUCAAACCUUCUAA